GAGGAAAGGAGAGGAAGUCAGGAAGCUGCCUGCUUGUGCUUGUGACAGCCGUUACCAAAGAAAAGCACUGUUAAAAAAACGACCAAAAAAAAGGUCAGACUUGAUCUUCAACUCGGGUCCUUUUCGGUUAAGAGUAAAACGCCCAAACAACCACCGACAUGUCGAAGAACACCGUGUCCGCCCGCUUCAGGCGAGUGGACGUGGACGAGUACGACGAGAACAAAUUUGUGGACGAAGAGGACGGAGGAGAAAACCAGCUGGGUCCUGACGAGGCAGAGGUGGACUCCCUCAUCAGACAAGGGAAUCUCAUGGAGGCUUUACAAGCAGUUCUGAAGAACCCGCCAAUCAACACAAAGAACCAGAACGUCAAGGAUCGUGCAGAGGGUUUGGUGCUGAAGGUACUCAGCGCCUUUAAGAGCAGUGACAUUGAGAAAGGGGUGCAGUCCCUCGACAAGAAUGGCGUGGACCUCCUGAUGAAAUACAUCUACAAAGGCUUCGAAAGGCCGUCAGAAAACAGCAGCGCAGUUCUACUGCAGUGGCAUGAAAAGGCUCUGGCAGCUGGAGGAGUGGGAAGCAUCGUCAGGGUACUAACUGCAAGAAAGACGGUCUAAAACAGGCGCAAAGGAUCAGCUCACUCCACGUCGCAGACCGAUGCAGGGGGAAACAGAUGGCAUAGGGACUAAAAGGAAAAACUGUUUUUUAACCCAAUGUGAUCCUGCUGCGUUAGACUAGACUAAAAAAGACUAAAAAUCUGGGUCACAUCAGGUUAAAAAAUAGGUUUUCUUCUUUCUUCCCAUGCAAGAUCAUAGCCUGCUAAAUCCUAUUCCUCAUAGGGUGCUACAGAUAACCCCAUGUGUCUGUGCUGCUUCCCUGAUCUAUUUACAUAUAUAUGUUAACGUAUGAUUCCCCUACCCACACAGUAUGCACUCAUUCGACACACCAGUGGUUCCCAACCUAGGUGAGAUAAAUCAUAGAAACAUUAAUGAGACAUUCCUCUAGUCUUUACUUGAUCAUUUUACCUAUUCAGGCCUGUAAAAAUCAUUCAAAUAAAACAAGGGAAAAUGUUUCAAGUUUGAACAGGUCAAAUGCAAUAGAGGUUGGGAAAAAUGUUGGGAGCCACUGCUAUACACAGUACCUAUAAACUCAUGAACAAACAACAGGCAUGACUCCUAGUAAUGUAUCCUCCAUUGACUUCCACACAAACACACAGAAGGUUUCAGCUUUGUUUCUCUCAGGAAAACUCUCUGUGUUUGUUUUACAUCAUUCUCUUGUGUUAUCUCUGCAGUAGAGACUUCCUGAUGGAAUAAAAAGCCUGAUUCUCUGUCAGUAAAUCCUCUCAUUGCCUCUCCGUAUAACAUAUUAGCAGCAGGGGUCUCCUGAAAAGCACAGUCACAGAUGGAGGGUGGUGGAUUUGCUCAUGGGGGUCGCCAUUGCACCCUGAGGAGGAAGGGGGAGGAGAAGGGUGGUUGGUGUCAUCUAUCCAUCCUUUAAUGCUGCCUUCUGCCACAGUUAAGGAUUAUUACCCACGAUGCAUCUCCACCACCACUCUUAUUAAUCCCAUUUUACCAUUCAUCACAUCCUGUGUAUGUCUGAUUUUCUCAUGCAGCCUCUGCUACUGUACAGGGCAUUAUGUGGCUUUGCUGGUACUGUUUAUAGGAGCUGUUUUCUUUCAUUUCAGGAAAAUAACCCAGAGAAUUCUUGCUCAGAUUUUUUAAUUUUAUUUUGGUAUUUAACAGAAAAAUAAUCUAGGAUUAAACAUUUUCCUCUUGGUUUUGUUAUUGUUUUAUGGUAAUGAUUUUUGCCUCAAGGCCAAAUCCCUACUUAAUCAAAAUUAAAAACACAGCUUAAAAGGGUUGACAGUAUCAGGAUAUAGUAAGAUAAGAUAAUGAAUAUUCUGUCUCUCUGAAUAUUGAGAGGGAGUUUUAUGUUUGCAUGAUCACAAUUUUUUGAGUUUGAGUAUUUUUUUCAAGCAUUUCACAACUGUCUUUUGUACAUGUUAUGUGUCUCAGUGAUUUUUGUAAUGAAUCUGAGUUUAAAUUUAUGCUUGUUCACUCAAACAAAUUCUCCACACAUGGUAUUGUCUGGCAGUAGGAAAUCAACUGUUACUACCACAAAUACUUUGAAUUUCCAUGCAUUAUAUUCAGUGAGGCGGAAAACUGGAAAUGUAAGUUUUAUCUGCCUUAUCGGGCAGAUUACAUCUGUUGCCAAAUGAUUUAUUUGCUUUCAUUGUAGCUUACAUUGACGAUUUAGUGUUGGACUAUAAACAGUAUAAAUGAACAUAAAAGUAUAGUGUGUUUUGGUUGAAAAAGUUGCUGUUUUGAAAAUAAGCAACCUUGCUCCUUAUGUAGACCUAGUGAUAAGGGGAAAUCACCUCUUACCACCAGUUGAUAUUUACACAUGGCUUUUCAUGUUUGAAUACUGACAUCAGUGAUGAUGCAUCCAGACAUUAGAUUCCCUUUCUAAUGCAGUAACAUCUAGUUUUACAUGAAAAGAAAAAGGAGUACGGUCUGGUUUCCUCUUUUGCUCCAUGUAUUCUAGAGAGAUGCUCUUUUAGCUGAGGGUGAGAAGACAAGGGAACAUACCAAACUGAUGUACAAACUGCCUUACUCGAUAUUCCUUUUUUAUGUUUGUGCUUUUUUGACAAAAAAAUAAAAGGUAUGAAUGCUGA